CCACAUACGUCCCAAGUCAGAAGCCUGGAUCUGCAUAAUACACUUUUAUUCUCUCAAAAGCAGCAGAUUUCUUUGACAUAUGCUAUCCUUGAAUUAAAAUAUUUGUAAUGAUGCUCUGAAGAUUUCAUCAGCAUUACUUUUUUUUAAUUAAAUGAUUUGAGCCUGUGAGAAAAAUAAGACCUUUUUUGAGAACCGGAUAUGCUCUUAGUACAUAGUUGAUAAAUGUUGGCAUUCAUGAUGUGUUUAAGCAGAUUAAAAUAUCACAUAGCACCUACUUUUAUACUCUCGUUUUCUAUUUCAGGUCACAGUGUGAGAAACAUCCAGGCCUUCGCAGUUCUUCAGAAUGCAUUUUUGAAAGCAAAAACCAACUUCCUUGCCCAAAUCAUCCUUGAUGCCAUCACAAAUAUUUACAUGGCUGACAGUGCCAAUUAUUUCAUCCUAGAGUCACAGCAAUACACUGUCACAGUUUGCAGAGAAGAUUUCUAAACUCCCACAAGUACAAAACAAAUACUUUGAGAUGCUGGAAUUUGUCGUUUUUAGCCUAAAUUAUAUCCCUUGUAAAGAACUUAUUAGUGUUAGUAUCCUCUUAAAAUCUAGCUCUUCUUACCACUGUAGCAUUAUUGCAAUGAAAACACUUCUUAAGUUUACAAGACAUGACUACAUAUUUAAAGAUGUGUUCAGGGAGGUGGGCCUUCUGGAGGUCAUGGUAAACCUAUUGCAUAAAUACGCUGCCCUCUUGAAGGAUCCGACUCAGGCCCUAAAUGAACAAGGGGACUCAAGAAACAACAGUUCAAUUGAAGACCAAAAACACCUGGCUCUUUUGGUUAUGGAGGCCUUGACAGUACUUCUUCAAGGAUCAAACACAAAUGCAGGAAUAUUCCGAGAGUUUGGAGGUGCAAGAUGUGCGCACAACAUAGUGAAGUACCCUCAAUGCCGGCAGCAUGCCCUGAUGACUAUCCAGCAGUUGGUGCUCUCUCCAAAUGGGGACGAUGACAUGGGCACACUCCUGGGCUUAAUGCAUUCAGCCCCACCCACAGAACUGCAGCUGAAGACUGACAUUUUAAGGGCCCUCCUGUCAGUCCUUCGAGAAAGCCAUCGUUCAAGAACAGUUUUUAGGAAAGUUGGAGGAUUUGUGUACAUUACAUCCUUGCUCGUUGCUAUGGAAAGAUCUUUGAGCUUUCCGCCCAAGAAUGGCUGGGAGAAAGUGAACCAGAAUCAAGUGUUUGAACUUCUCCACACUGUGUUCUGCACAUUGACUGCAGCCAUGCGCUAUGAGCCAGCCAACUCCCAUUUCUUCAAAACAGAGAUUCAGUAUGAGAAGUUGGCAGAUGCUGUUCGGUUUCUUGGCUGCUUCUCAGAUCUAAGAAAAAUAAGCGCCAUGAAUGUCUUCCCUUCAAACACACAGCCAUUUCAGAGACUGCUAGAGGAAGACGUGAUCUCAAUGGACUCGGUGUCGCCCACACUGCGACACUGCAGUAAACUCUUUAUUUAUCUCUACAAAGUAGCUACAGAUUCGUUUGACAGUCGUGCAGAACAGAUCCCUCCUUGCCUGACAAGUGAGUCUUCUCUCCCCUCUCCUUGGGGAACACCAGCUUUGUCCAGGAAAAGGCAUGCAUAUCAUUCUGUUUCAACUCCCCCUGUUUACCCUGCAAAAAAUGUUACUGACCUAAAACUUCAUGUGACAACUUCACCACUCCAGAGUUCCGAUGCUGUCAUCAUCCAUCCUGGGGCAAUGCUGGCCAUGUUGGACCUUCUGGCCUCUGUAGGGUCAGUGGCACAGCCAGAACAUGCUUUGGACCUUCAACUUGCUGUGGCAAAUAUUUUACAAUCCCUGGUGCACACAGAAAGAAACCAGCAAGUCAUGUGUGAAGCCGGCCUUCACGCGCGACUGCUACAGAGGUGCAGCGCUGCUCUGGCUGACGAGGACCACGCUCUGCACCCACCUCUCCAGCGGAUGUUUGAACGCCUGGCCUCUCAGGCCUUGGAACCCAUGGUGCUGAGGGAGUUUUUGCGUUUGGCAAGUCCUUUAAAUUGUGGUGCCUGGGACAAAAAACUGCUAAAACAAUAUAGGGUCCACAAACCAAGUUCAUUGAGUUAUGAACCAGAGAUGAGAAAUAGCAUGAUCACUUCUGUGGAAGGCCUGGGUUCUGAUAAUGUUUUUAGCUUACAUGAAGAUAACCAUUAUCGAAUAAGCAAAAGCCUGGUGAAAUCUGCAGAAGGAAGUACUGUGCCCUUGACCAGGGUGAAGUGCUUGGUCUCCAUGACAACCCCACAUGACAUCAGACUUCAUGGGUCAUCAGUUACUCCAGCUUUUGUUGAAUUUGAUACAUCCCUUGAAGGGUUUGGCUGCCUGUUUCUGCCCAGUUUGGCCCCUCAUAACGCCCCUAGCAAUAAUGCCGUCACGACAGGUCUUACCGAUGGGGCUGUGGUCAGUGGCAUUGGUUCUGGUGAAAGAUUCUUCCCGCCUCCAUCUGGCUUAAGCUACUCUAGCUGGUUUUGCAUUGAACACUUUAGUUCUCCUCCAGGUAGCCAUCCAGUCCGACUCCUUACUGUUGUACGCCGAGCAAAUUCAUCUGAACAGCAUUACGUGUGCCUUGCCGUAGUUCUGUCGGCAAAAGACCGAGCUUUGAUUGUUUCUACUAAAGAGGAACUUCUCCAAAAUUAUGGUUAGUAUUUAUCUUUUUCUGUUUCCUUCUUUUGAUUAAGAUGUCAUUUUAUUAUUCAGUGAAGGUCCAAAUGAUAAUCUUUUCCAACCUAAAUUGGUAUAACAGAGUAGGUUAUAUAAAGUCUUGAAUAUUGUUUACCAAUAAACUUUAAGGUAUUUUCAAAAGAGUCUUAAAAAAUAGUGGAGAGCCCAUGGGCUGGUCGGUCACGCCUAUAAUCCUAGCUACUUGGGAAGCUGAAAUUGGGAGGAUUGUGGUUCGAGGACAGCCUAGACAAAUAAUUGGGGAGACCCCAUCUCCAAAAUAACCAUAGCAGAUUGGAUAGAGAUGUGGCUCAAACAGUAGAGCACCUACUUUGGAAGCACAAAUGCCAGAGUUCAAACUGCAGUCCCACAAAAACAAAACAAAACAAAACAAUGCAGGGAAAACCUCCAAUGAGGACCCAUUUCCUCUUGCCAUGAAUCAGGCUUUUGCUAGGAAAGCAGCUUGCUUUUUUGACAUAUUUGGUAAAGAUUAUCAUUGACUAUGAAUUCUGCUUAAGUAAGUAAUAUCACUGAGUACCUGCUUACCAUAUAUGCUACACUGUGUUAAACACAGUAGCAUUUUAAUUACUUUAAUACUUUUCAUCAACUUAAUACAUACAAUUUCAUAAUCCUAAUGCCCUCUAACCUGCCAUUACCUUACGUUGUUUUACAAUAUAAUUUUAGUCAAGGCAUUCAGGAGAUCUUCCUAAGUGAGAAAAACUAAAAAGUAAAAUAAUAACACAUUGGUUGGCAUGUGGUUAGUAUUCAAUAAACAGUAAUUGAAUAUGAAUGUUAGCUUUUCAGUUAGAUUGUAAGGUUUAUUAUUUUAGUAUUCUUCCUGAUACCUAGCUCAGAGCUAAGUCUCAAAGUACUUAGUACUUUAAAAUUCUCACCUGAGGGGUGGAGAUACAUAGCUCAGUGGCCGGAGCAAAGCCCUGGGCUUGAUCCAUAACACUGCAACAAUAAACAAACAAAGUUCUCAUUGUCACACUUUGUUUGCCCUUUAGUGGCAUUUGGUCCUGUUGACCUCUUCCUCCUCAGUAAAGCUGUCUCCAGCCUUGCAUCCUGGAUCUCUCAGAGUGUUCUCUCACCAUUCCUCUGGCUUCCCUUUCACAGUUUCCUUCUAUAGCUUUCUCUUCAUCCUUCUCAAAAUUAGUAUUCUUUUACAUUUCAUCUUUGGUCUUUGUACUCAAUCUGUUCUUUAUAAGAAAAACAAUUAACACUUUGUGUUGGUUUUAGGUCUUUUUGUCCAACAACAAAAUAGAACUUUUCAUCUGUGUCCCAAGCUUGGUCUUCAUAUUUCCAUCUGCAAAUUAGACAUCUCCAUAUGAAUUAUCUCCCUAUAUACAUUUCUGUUUCUAACAUUU